GACCAGAACAUACGAGGACCAUGAUGUGGGUGAUUUUGCCAUAGACAUUUCGGCCUGUCCGGCGAUUUUUCCGACUGAUGCGGUAAAGCAUGCGUUCAAAGCAUCUUGCAAGAAGUGGAUGGAUGGGGAGCGGAAAGACUGGCAGCUGGGCAAGCUGACUACUCCACGCCGAACUGCUGGAGGGGAGUGGCGAGCUGAGUGCCGCUGCAUGGACUGCGCAGAAUGCCAUGCUGGCAAUGGAACGGUGCUUCAGUUUCGUGCCACGCCUGAAGAGCCGGACAACAGCAAUGUCCUCAAUGUGCGAUUGACUGUGAUGGUCUCUGGCUCUUGCAGCGGAACCCCGCGCAAGCUGAAGUCCGAUGCUGUCGACCGACCGAGCACGACUUUGACACGCAGGUGUGUCAUGCAGGCGGUCGAAUCUUUGUCACAGUCGAAGGAGUCGGUCACACCGACCCGCGUCGCACGAAAGAUUGCAGCACGGGGAGAUGCCGAGCUGAUAACGAACCCUUCGUCCCUUCGGUACCUCGCGAGGACCUGUUCCAAGAAGGCGGGGGUGGACGAUUGCCGAGGCCAGGAUAGGCGUCAAAAGCAGCAAAUCGCGAGGUCUGUGUCCAAGCAAGAGUGGGAUUUGUACGUGCAGGCCAACUCAGGCAACCAAGGCAAAAUUUGCUUUGCUGCAGCUUUGCCUAGCGGCUCCUUCGUUCUGACGCUGCCUCCGAUCUUGGACGAGCUCUGCGCGCUACACAGCGCUGGUGCGCUCCCGCGCCUGUACCUGGGCGCUGACGCGACGUGGAAAGUGGAGGCAGAUGAUUUCAC